AUGAGUCCCACCUCGGACGAGAACCGUGGCAAGCGACGCCCCCGCGACGACGAGCAUGUAGACGACCAAGACAGCCAGGCUGAGGACGGUGACGCGUCGCCUGGUUCUUUGAAAAAAAGACGUAUUCGCAAAGGCUUGGAGAAGAAAUUUGAAUGUCCGCACGAAGGCUGCGGCAAGAGCUAUUCUCGCGCCGAGCACCUAUACCGCCACCAGUUGAAUCCUCUGAGACCGCUGAAAGACUUCCAGCAUACCCACAGCCAGCGAUGCUUAGAGACGUUGCAGAACUACGACCUCGGAAGGGACCUCUCCAUGUCCGCAUCGUUGUUCAAGGAUUCUGCUCCAACAGACCAGCUCAGGAUCGAGCUUGAAGUCCAGGGUAAACCAAAAGAUGUUUCCGAGAUUGCCCAGAUCUUCAAGUGGCUUAGUGCAGUGUGUCGGAAGCCAGUCCCGGAUAAACUACUCUGUUCGCGGGUUCUGGAUGUGACAAGUCCAACAAUUCGUCGUACCGAGUUUCACACUGAGCCAUUGGAACCGCCGUUGGGCACAGGUGGGAGCGGUCGCUGUUGGAAUAACAUGUUCAAAGGCUACGUGCUUGCAGAAGGCUUCCCGAUACCCGAGCGCGGAUCUCAACGCGGGGCAGAGCUACCUUUCGACGUGAUGACCCUCCUUGGUCUUGCUCUAUACCCGAUUAACUUCGGCCAGGGAAUCAUUUUGAAGGGAGAGAACACGGCAUUGAUACCUUCAGUCUACGCGGACGACGAGAACUGUGUGCAAUGGCACUAUCUGGAAGGUGACGGCGCCGGCGGCCCUCUUACGUGGGACCGCAUAAAGCAGCACUGCGGAAACAUAUACCCCUCGAAAGACUUCAAGCUACUACAAAGCAAGAGAACAUUCGUUGGGUAUUUCCCUUCGGUCAAGGUCCAUCUUGGAACAAGAGACUCUGGCUUCGAUAAAGUGGACUUCUCCGGGGCGGAAUACGACGACAAGACCGCAUUUGUUCUUGGAAACGAGCUCGUUGGCCAAGUAGGGACUUCGGUGAUGAACUUCUUCACGGCGCAGGUUUCCGCAAAGCUGAUGGUACAUCAAACCGCUCAUCAGCGACUCCUUGGGGUCCACGACAACAUAAUGGAUAAAAUCAGAAACUCCAAGGACUUCCCCAUACUCCUCUUCGAUUUCAAGACUAAACAAGGCUGGCUUGUUUCGGAAUUGAGCGCAAUUCUUCACAUGGCUUUGGCAUGGGCUUCUUACCAACAUCAGUCAGCUGAUGUUCUGAGCAAUUUACUUCUACCCGAGCACAUCAAACUAGGAGACAACAAUGACAGACAAGUAUCUAUUCGCCAGGCAUUCGUACCGUUUUUCCUACGUAUCGGCCAGAUCAAGGAUCAGCAACUCCAGAGAUACGCGUGUGGAAUCAAGGAAAGUAAAGAUCUGGUGGGCUACGAGUUCAAAGAAAUAGCCAGUUUCGAAGAGCACCUACACCUCCGGCGUUCAAAGGUCGAUGUGGACAAAAGCGGAGGCUGGCUUCGUUUGGUUUCUUCCAAGCCAGAAAUGGCCGUCAUCCUCUGCAGCAACUUGGAGGCCCCCAUACAACCAGCAUCCACCCAACGCGUCUGUCCAUUUUGGCAGACAGUCCCGACGGAUCAGUACUAUCUCACGGCAUCGGUCUCCUGCUUGAGGCAACUCGCCAAAAGAUGCGGAGGAGAAGAAAGUCUUCGACUGUACAACGACAUCUACUGCAUCCCUCCCAAGAAAGAUCCUGGUCCGGGUGUCUGCGAAUUCGGUCUCCUCCGGGAUGCCAUAGGGUUGCGACCAAAACGGCAGUCGUGA